AUGGAAAGCUUUCCAUCGAAUUCGACAGUGAGAAGAAGCUGUCUUCUCCUUCUUAGGGUUCUAACCUCAGUGUUCUUAUUGAUAGCACUCAUCCUCAUCGCUGUAACAACUCAAACUGUAGCUGCAGUUAAAUUCAAGUUCACCGAUUUUCACUCUUUCAGAUACAUGCUGGCGAUAAUAGUGAUUGGGUUGGCGUAUAGCCUCGUCCAAACCUCAUUUUCCAUCUUCGGCCUCGUCUCAGGAUCAGACGCCCUGUUCAAGGGCGAUAUUGCCUACAUUUUUAAUUUCUACGCUGACAAGAUAAUAUCAUAUCUGUUAGCGACAGGUGCAGCAGCAGGAUUUGGGGCAUCUCAGGAUGUGCACAGAAUAUUUGAUGACACACUGAAUUUAAACCUCAAUGACUUCUUUGCUAAAGCAAAUGCAUCUGCUAGCUUACUUCUCAUAGCAUUCAUUUGUUCUGCUGUAGCAUCUAUUUACUCUUCUUAUGAAUUGCCCAAAUAAUAUUUAUCUUUGGUUGUAUGAAUUUGAGUCCUUUAAUGUUUCAAAGUAAAAGAUUUUAUAGGUGUUUUG